AUGUAUAACAAUAAUCAGCUUAGUAAAUUGGCAAAUACUAUCAGAAUCUAUGCAGAUCAUUUUUAUGCAUCAGAGGAUGAUAAUUUCAUGGGACAAGUUUUAAGUGAUCAUAUUCCUUCUGAUGAUACUAUUGCUGGAGGGUUAAGAAACUUGUUGAUGGUGUCUGUUGGAGCAAGAUCUCAAGAAUCUUCAGAUGAAACAUUGACAGUUACGUUAAAGGUUUUGAAGAAAUCAAAAGAACUUCAAUCCUAUUGCAACAAAACUUCAAACAGAACCAUGCACUUUUUCAACGUAAUUGGUGGGAAUGGCACAGAAACAUACAAAAUUAGAAUCUAUCAAAAGGCAAGGUUUGACAUGAUCAAGGAGGGAAUGAGCUUUAAAUUCCAAAAUGCACUGAAGAAAACUGGGAACGAACUAUGGAUAACAUCAAGAAGUAUAAUUGCAUAUGCAGCAUCAGUGGAAACCAGUGAAGACAUACAGGUACCAAAUUUACUUGAGAAUGCACCACAACAAGGAGAGCGAAAACUGCUUAAGGAUGCUUUGCAGUCACCAGACAAAUCGGAAGUUACUGGGAAGAUAUUCAAGGUUUCACCAUUGAAGUAUCGUCAGGAAGGUAGUUUAGCAGUGAAAUCAAUCAUGAUCAAAGACACCAGCAGUGUCGCCAAAGUUUGCUUAUUCAACAAGAAUGCUUUGAGUCCAUUUAAUGUUGGGGACACUGUUAAAGUCACAAAUGUUUACCCAAAAGUGUUUCAAACAAGAAAACAGCUAACAACUUGCCCAACAUCUUCCUGUGAGUUUGUUGCUGACAACAAAGUAAACCUUAGUGAUGAAUAUUUUGGUUUUGCGAACCUUGAUCCAGAUUUUUCGGAAGAACUGGAAAAUACAACACCUGAAGAAAUUGUUCUUACUGACUUCACUGAUGUUGAUGUUUACAUCUGUUGUGACAACGCGGCUUGUCGACAAAAAAAAUAUGUAGAAGGAGAGUGCCCAGUAUGCCAAAGGACCAGCAGCUCCAGUAAAACAUUUCGUGUAAAUUUUCUGUUCAGGCGAGGAGAGAAAACAGAUCUCAAGACAACUGUAUUUAAAAGCAUGCUUGAAAUUAUUUUACAAGAAGAGUUGAUAGUUGAUGACAAAGAGGAGCUGAUUCAAAUGUUGAUCAUGAGGCUACCUAUCAGAUUUAAAUCUUGCGUUAGUGCAAAUAACAUGUUUUGCAAUGUUGAAAAGUAA